GCCCGACGGUCGCGAGAGUUCGCGAGAAAAUCUACGAGAGCGGCGGUGAAUUCAAAGGAACAGUGAACAGGACUGCACACAGUAGUUCUCCAAAGUAAACAAACAAGGCUGGAGGAGAAGAAGAUCAUCUUUCAUCUAGAUAGAAUCUACAAAUCUACAUGAACUACGUCUAGUUCUGGCUGUAUUGGCAGAGCCCACUUUGUUGUGUUGCAGUUGAGUUGAGCAGUGUGUUGUGUUGACCAUGGCAUACAAUUCAUCGGAAGGAGACUCUAUAAAAAUUUUCCUUCGUGUGAGACCUCCAGAUCCAAGCAUAAGUGAAAAUGACUUUGCACCCAGAGUAUUAGAUGUCAAUACUGCAGAUAAUGCUGUCAUUUUGAGAACAAAACCAGAGCCAAAGGUUUUCACCUAUGACAAUGUUGCUGAUGCAGAUAUCACCCAGGAAGCUGUAUUCUCUAUUGUUGGCAAGAAGAUCAUAGAAAGUUGCAUUGCUGGUUACAAUGGGACUAUCUUUGCUUAUGGCCAGACUGGAUCUGGUAAAACAUUCACAAUGCUUGGUCCUUCUGAGAAUUCUGACAGUUUCAAGCAUGAGCUACGAGGUGUUAUUCCUCGAAGUUUUGAAUACCUCUUCAACCUUAUUGCCCACCAGGCAGAACUACAUGGCACUAAAAAACAGUUCUUGUGCCGAUGUUCCUUCUUGGAAAUUUAUCAGGAGCAAAUUUUCGACCUCCUGGAUCCGGCUUCCCAGGGCCUUCACUUACGAGAAAACAUGAACAAAGGAGUGUUUGUUGAUGGCUUGAUAGAGCAAGUUAUCUGCAACCCUGGUGACGCCUAUCAGGUUUUGAUCAUGGGAUGGCUGAAUAGAAGAGUGGCUGCCACAUCAAUGAACAGGGAAAGCUCAAGGUCUCAUGCUGUUUUUACAGUCACAAUAGAAUCAAAGGAAGAUGAUUGUGGCGUUCAGAAUAUCAGAACAUCUCAACUCAAUCUAGUUGAUCUGGCUGGAUCAGAAAGACAGAAAGACACAAAUACUGGAGGAACUCGCCUAAAGGAGGCUGGCAGCAUCAACAAGUCGCUGUCUGUGCUGGGCAAUGUCAUCAUGUCACUGGUGGACUUAAGUCAUGGCAGAAAACGUCAUAUACCGUACAGAGACUCGAAGCUCACUUUCCUCCUAAGGGAUUCUCUUGGAGGAAACACAAAAACAAGAAUGAUUGCCUGUGUUCAUCCUGAUUCCAAAUGCUUUGGGGAAACUUUGAGUACUUUGAACUUUGCUCGGAGUGCUAAGCUCAUUAAAAAUAAGGCUGUGGUGAAUGAAGACUUCCAUGGCAGUAACCUGAAACUACAGAAUGAGAUACGUCGACUGAAGGAGUUGUUGGAAUCACAACAGAAUGCCUCUCCGCCUGUGGAAAACCUUCUCACCCUUCCGAAUGAAGCUGCCAUGAACUCGGAUUCUGUCUGGAAAAAAAAUUUCAUUGAAGCCAUGCACUUCCGAGAAAUUUCGGAAAGUGAGAAAACGGCCUUGCAGGAUGUUGUGAAUCACCUCCAAGAACUAUGCAACAAAAAAGACAAAUACAUUCAGUCUACCAAGAUGAUCAUAAAGUUCCGGGAGAACCACAUCCAAAGUCUGCAGCAGGCAGCUCAGGGUUAUACAGAGCUAGAGAAAGACACUGUAGUGAAGUCUCUGCGUGAUGAAAUCAAGGUUUUGAGACAACAACUGGAGAACAACCCGAUGCUGGCCAAGUAUGCUGGGGAAAACAAACACUUGCGCAGUGAGCUGAAGCGGCUGAGGUCUCAGGAGUCUGUGGCAGACGAGUUCGGGGAUAGCUUCCGGAUCAGUCAGCUGGAAAAGAUUUUCAAGGAGCUGAAACUGUUGAAAGAAAUGAAGGGAGGGAAUACGGCUGCAGCAAGUGUCAGAUCUUCACCUAUGAAAGAUGGAGUGCCAGCUGCUACUCUAGAGAAGCAUCGCAAAGAGAUCAAGGAACACCAAGAACAGAUUGAGCAGCUGAAACAACAAGUCCUGGAAGUGACAAAGAAGGCUGAGAAUCGUCAAAUGGAAAUGGAAAUUGAACUCGUGUCCUGUCGUAAAAUGAUUACUGAACUAGAGCGAGUGCUCGAAGCACAUCAACUCAAGGCCAGGAUUGAGUGCAAUGCCUUGAAAGACUUACACUGCCAGACUCUAAAGGUCAUGACAACUCCAAAGAUGAAUGGCAAAUGUGACUCUCCCGGCACACCAACAGUGGGAGAGGCAGCAAACACUGAACAAGGCAUCACCGAAACAGCCCUGCCCCAGGAUGUGGCAGAAGGGGCCCAUGAUGCGCUCAUGGAGGAGAUCCAGACUUUGCAAGUGGAAAACGGGAAACUCAAGAAACUUGUUGACGACCACGAAGCAGAGAAGUUACGCAUGAAACAACAGGUGGAAAAACUUGAACUGUACAAUGAACAACUGAAUGGAGUACUUGAGAAGGAACGCACAGAAAACACUUCCCGCAGAAAUGAUUAUACAACGGCUGUAAAUACUUUAAAGGAGGAGAUAGAUACUGUAAAAAAUGAUCUGAAAUUGCUCAAUGAUGAGAACACGGACAUUCACCUCGUUCUCAAAUCAGCUGACAAGCAGCUGAAGGAAGAGAAAGAGUCUCGCAAAAAUCUUCAAGCUACUUAUACACAGGAGAUUCAAGUAUUAGAAACAAGGUUUGCAAGAGCAAAUAUUGACCUUGAGACAACAACAAGAGAUUAUGAGGAAGCUCUGAAAGAACUGGGAAGCAUAAAGGAGGAACUGGAAACUAAUCGACUAACUGUCAGCUUCUUGGAGAAUCACUCUCAAGAGUUAGAGGCCCUCCGCAACCUGGAAAUAAAGAAACGUGAGAAGUUGGAGAUGGAUUAUAAUGCCCUGCAGUCAUCUGGAAGUAUGCAGAGUUAUCAGGAGUACAAAGAGCAAGCAGAAACAAACCUCAAGUUGAAGCAAGCGGAGCUGGAGGCUGUCAGAGCUGAACAGGAGCAGGUCAUAGCUCAGCAAGCUCGUGCCAUGGCCGACAACAAGGAAGCCAUUGCCAACUUGAUGAGCAACCUCCAUGAGCUGAAGUCCAAACUGAACAGCCAGGAAGAGGUCAACGGUACCUUGAGCAUGGAGAACGAGAACUAUGCUCUUGAGCUGAAGGAUCUGAAGCGAGACCAGGAGCUGACCUCUAAGGAGCUGGCUUGUGUUCAGCAAGAACUGAAGGACAUUAAGGAAAAAUACAAGCAUCAGCUCAUGCAAAAGGUCUUUGAGAUUGAUAACCUGCAGCAGGAUCAGGAAAGUGCUAAUAGCCAUUUGCUGAAGCAAGAAGAAAUCAUCUCCAGCCUGCAAGGACAGGCAAAAACAAAAGAUUUGUUGUGCAAAGAUCUUCAAGAUACAGUUGAUACUUACAAGAAGAAGCUUUCUGAUGCGGAGCAAGCAAUGCAGGAAGUCGUCAACAGGUACGAGAAACGACUUCAGGAGGCCAGUGCGAGUGACAAAGAUACCGACAGUAUAAAGAAGCUGAUGCAAGACAAGAACGUUGAACUGGAAUCAUUGCGCGUGAAUUACAAGAAACUGAACUCUGCUUUGAGAGACUACGAGCAAGCUCGCAAAGAGAAGAAUGAGGAAAAUGAGUUGUUGAAGGCCCAGGUUUUGGAACUGGAAGUGUGCAACCAGAGUUUGCUCACAGGUAAACAGGAAAUAGAGGAGCUACAAAUGAAGAUGAAUGCGCUGAAUGUCAACAACAAAGAACUCAUCAAAAGCAUGGAGGCUUCACUUAAGGGGAAAGAGGAGGAACUACAGAAAGAACGUUCCAGUCUGAGGAAAGCAGAGCUGAGUUUGGGCAAUGUUCAAGAGGAGUGCAAGACUUUGGAAAAAAAAUUGGAGACCUCUGAAAUGGAGAGGGGACAUUUUCGACAGGAGGUUAAUCGUCUUCAAACCCGACUGGAGGCUCACCACCAGGAGAAAACAGAACUCCACUCGCAGAUAGAGAGUCUGGCGGAAGAAAAGGCGAAACUUGCUACGGAAUACCAAGUAGAAAAAGAGAGGAACCAACAGCUGAUGGAGGAGAGCUCUCGGCUCAUUGGCCACAACAAUCACCAGCAGAAGAUUAAGCUCAUGGAAAAGAAAAACAUGGAGUACAAUGAAUUGCACAAGAAGUACGAAAGGUUGCUUCUGGAAACGAGCAAAAUGAACCUGAAGACACCUGGCAAAAGUGCUAACCCAUCAGACUGGAGGACACCAACUUCACAGAGUCCUGGGAUGAGAGACAUCACCAAUACACCCACAUGAUUCCUUGGCCUCGGAUCUCCCGACACAGAUUUCCCUCCACUCUUGAUUGUGUAAUGUGAUUCGUUCAACGAGAUUUUCAGGAUAUAUUGUCCAUAUCUGUUGGUCCUCUCUAAAUGUGUGAUAAUCAGAUAUCUUUUGUUGACUCCAUGCUCUGCAGUGUCAAAUAAGCACUUGUUUUUAUUUCUUUUAUGUUUUUCAGACUGAUUUAACAUCCGCUUGUUGGUGGAUGAUUCUGUUACAACUUCAUGCCUGUGUUUCCUGUCCUUGUACUUUCAUCUGUCGUCUGUCUUACACUCAAUCAAGAUGCACCAGACAUGAAUAGCCGAAUGACUAAAGUGGCUAGAAGGACCGUAGCUGGUGGUUUUUGGGGCACAAUUCAAAGUAGCUUACUGAACAUAUCGCGGUAAUCAGCUUCUGAGCGUAAAGAGUGGCCAUUUAUUUUUUCACUUUUUCUUUUUCCUGACCACUGGAAUGCUGUUAGUUGAUUUUAUGAAAAGUUUUCUUGUAAAGGUUAUUAGAACUGCACAAAAUAGAUUUAUUUUGAAUCAAAAUGGCUACCUCAUCAAAGUGUUAGUUUUCAUGUCAAAGAAGUGAUUAAUGAGUUAGGCCUUCUUCAAGGCAGUUGCAGCACUAGCAGGAAAGAAGACAUUAGUUGUGCAUGAAAAUUGCCAAUAUGAAUAGCAUGAAAUAGUGAUGUUUCCAGUAAAAAUUGAAACGUGGAGUUUUGUUGGUUCUUACAAAGUAGUUUCUUAUGGUAAAAAAAAAAAUCAGCUGAAUUCUCACUUAUUUCUUGAUAAAAUGCUAGUGCUGUCUUGCUUCGCAGUAACAAGAAAAAAUAAUCAGUUAUUGAAGAAUAGUCACAAGCUCUCAUACACUUGUUAAAAAUUUGAGAGUCCUGCAGUGUACCGCCAGGGUCAAGCGUGUGUCUUGAUUGAAUUAAAUGUGUACAUGUAUGUAAUCAUUGUGCUUGUUGUCUCUGUCUCAUGGGCCUGCUCUUAAUGGUCUUCUCCUUGGGAAGGCAUUUCCUUUUAACUUGUACAAACAAAAUAAUUUUUGCAAACUGAUAUUGAUUGUUGUUGUUCUUUUUUUUCAGAAGUCCUUUUCUGCUUUUAAGUCUGUUUUUCUUGAAAGUAUGGUGCUGGAUAGUACGUAUAUUACCAGUUUUUGGUGGGUGGUUGGCGGGUGCUCUGGUGUGGUUUGCUUCUUCGUUCCUAUCAAACAACUAUCAUCUUUAUCUCCCCUCCUUCUUUUUUGUGUUUGUUACUCUCUUGUAACACCUCUUAUCUCCGGCACUUAUAUGACCUUACUGUGUUGCAAGUGCCGUAAAACUGACUAAAUCUAAUCUUACCAAUUUUUACUCCUUGAAAAGUAAGUAUUGUACACAUUUUAUCUGAAGUGUGUUAUUCGGUUUCUCUAUAUAUUUGUACUUGUAUGAAAAGAAUGAAUGCUACAGUAUUCACAUAAUGAUUGUACAUGAAGCAUUUUUAUUGCAGCAAUAUCUUUAGAUAGCAACCCAAAAUCGUUUCAUUCCAAAAUAAAAGCUGUUGUUAUUUUAUGAUGACAUGAUAGUAAAAGUAGGCCUACAAUAUUUACGUUAUGUUUUUUUCCUUGUGUUUUUUUUUGUUUUGCCAGCUUAGAUUGUCUUGAAGGAUGUUGUACCCCUAAAAGUGGAUAAAAUAAAUCGAAGUCUCACCACACUCAGAUUCAGAUUCAGGGAUGCCAAAUGAUUUUUGAAAAGAAACCCUGAAAAUAAGGGGAGCAUCACACCUCACCUAAAAUUAACCUAGUAAAAUCUUUCAAUGAGCAAACAAAAACAUUUCUCUUACCAUUCCCCUUUCCUUUGCAAGUGUAGGAAAAAAACGGAAAAUGCCGCGAAAAAACUGAGAUUUGGCAUCCCUGCAGAUUGUAAUUGUGAGUAAUGACUGUUUCUCAGACCUAGAAUUUUUGUUAGAAUUUUGUGAUCUCCGUUGACUCUUGUCCUUAGUUUUGUUCAUUUGAAGUUCACCUAUGACCUGUAUCAUUUGUUGAGAAUGUGUAAUGAAAUGUUACACAUGUGUUCUAUUUACCAUCUGUCUCCUCGGUGACAGUCCCAAGGCAGCUUGUGUUAUAAUGUGUAUGGAUGUGUAAUCUUAGCACAGAUUCUAUGUUUCAUCUAAUUUGUGCCUUAAUCUUUACAGUAAAUAAGGAUUUUGAUUUAGAUGCAAUUCCACCAUAUACAUUUAUGUCACAAUUUGGGGCUGUCUUAUUGAAUAGUUACUAAUAAAUAUAUUUUGAUAUGUUAUUUUUAUGAAUACUUUUAUUGAUUGAAUUGAUCUUUAAAAAGCAGAGAAAAAGGCAGCUACAGUUUGAAAAUAUUGCUCAGUUAUACCAUCCUAGUAAGUAAGUGUGACUAACCAAACUCAUGUCAUAUGUAAAUAUACAGCUUCCAUUAUGUGCCAUCUGUGUAUCAGACAACCAGUGUCCAGAAAAACCCAUUCACACGCAAGGCAAAAGCAAUAAAUGAAUAGUCAAAUGUGA